CAACCCGAGUGACGCUUUAAAAACACACGCAAUGACGUUGCGUGGUUACGUCAGCCUGUCGAUAAGCAUCACGUCAGAGGGAACAGCGAAAGAACAAAAUGGAGGAAUAUGCCAGAGAACCAUGCCCAUGGAGGAUCGUGGACGACUGUGGGGGAGCCUUCACCAUGGGAGCCAUUGGAGGAGGAAUAUUCCAGGCAGUAAAAGGGUUCAGAAACGCACCCUCAGGGAUGAGCCACAGAAUGAGAGGUAGCAUGACUGCCAUUAAGACCAGAGCCCCACAGCUCGGAGGAAGCUUUGCAGUCUGGGGAGGCCUCUUCUCCAUGAUCGACUGUGGUUUAGUAAAAGUUCGAGGGAAGGAGGAUCCCUGGAACUCAAUCACAAGUGGGGCGAUGACAGGAGCUAUCCUUGCUGCAAGAAACGGACCAGUAGCCAUGGUAGGCUCAGCAGCCAUGGGAGGUAUCCUGCUGGCGUUGAUAGAGGGCGCAGGAAUCCUUCUUACUAGGUUUGCCUCUUCACAGUUCCCAACUGGGCCCCAGUAUGCAGAGGAACCCGCCCCUGCUGCCAUGCCCUCCCCUUCCUUUGGAGACUACAGACAAUAUCAGUGAGAGGACUCCCUGCUUCUUAUCCACUAGGCCUUUUUUUGAAUUCCUUGCUGAAGUUACAAAAGAAGAAAUGGAGAUGCAAUAUACCACACGUCAAACAAUAAGCAACUGCAACCACCUUUUUAUGGACUGUGUCAGAAAAGUGAAGGACAAAACACAUCUUCAUUUUCCUUCUUUCAAGAGCCAUGUACAGAUCUGCCUUUUUUUUUUUGCCAUUCUCAGCCUUGUCAUGUGCACCUGUUUCACCUCACAUUGGUUAAAUACAAGACAAGUGGCGAGAGAUUGAUGUUUGAUGUUCGAGAGCUUGUGGGGACACGGUGUGCUUUUCUGUAAUGGUUCAUAUGUACUGCAUGUAGCCCAACAGAUGAAGACUGACAAGCUCUGGGUGGUGUUGAAUUUAGCAAAAACACGUCACACAUGGAACGUCAUGAAUUCUAUAUAAGUAUGGUAUACUUAUGUGUAUAUAAAGUAAAGGCUUUCUACUUGUAUUCACUUAUGGUAGUCUUUAUUUGCCUUAAAUGUCACCUGCUUGGGCUGGCCACCGUCAUUUAGCUGGCCCUUUUUAAAUUUUUUAUUUGAGUUAUGAAGGGCAAACACCUAUCCGAUACAGUGCUAUUCCUGGGAUAUUAGUUUGUUUUUUGUUUUUUUAAUUUAUUUUAGAUUGUAAAGAAUUGUAGCAGAUUGUUCUAUUUUAUGGGACAGUGCUUUUACAUUCAACACAAAGGUGUGAAAAAGACUGCUAAGGACUAAGGAUGGCAUAGGCAGUACAAAUUGGAUAAACUCAAGCAAGGGAUUGAUGCAUACUGUAUUAAAUCUGUAUGACAGAUUGUACUAUAGUACAAUAAAGACAUAAGUUGUAAAAUA